GAGUGGACGCGAACGUUCCUUCGCGACUUUCGCGCACAAUCUUAUCGAAUUUCUUGCCUUAUCAUUGAAUAGACGCGCAAUCGAGAUGCGUUCUAUAUCUUAAUUACUUCCUUCCGUGCUCUUUUCUAUAUUUCUCCUUCUUUUUUACGUUCUUCUUAAUUUUCUUACCAAAAGAUCGCAAGGUCGUGUCGCGAACAAAGGAGAAGUUUAUUCGAAGUUUCGUUCAAAGGUCAUCGAGCUAGUUUCUGUUUAAAUUGUGUUUGAUUCGUCAGAUUGGGAUUAUCUGCUCCUAUGGUAUCAGUGGACUUUUGGAAUGUUAAAUGGUGUUUAUAAAGUUUUAGUGUUUAUAAAACGCAGGAAAGCGAUAUCUGCGCUGAAGAGCAAGAAGAAGGUCAGGAUGCUGAGCAGUUUGGCAAACUACCUACUCGGAGGUAAUAUCUCCGGCGCGCAGGGUUCACGGCAAGGGUCCAAUAACGAAACCCCGGAGACCCAUCCAGUAAUGGCGAGGCUCAGUCAGGUGGAGAUUGAGGGCGAUGACUGGAUCCUCAUUGACCGUACUGACAAUCCAGCAAGUUCCACCACUUUCUUCGACUCCAUUUUAGUUGACGGAACGACGGCGCUGGAGGAGUCGUGGUAUGUAACACCACCCGCAUGUUUUACACGGGCUGGUCCCGUGAACGUAGAAACAUCACCGCUAGAGGACCUGCUGAUAGAGCAUCCUAGUAUGUCCGUUUACCGAGCCACAGCGCCUUCGAUCGCUCCUGAAACUCCACCGCCAACGCCAGACGCACCGGAAGAACGAGGCGUCGAGGAGGACGCUCUACCAAACGUCGCUUCCAGUGCACCGGUCACCGCAACACCAGCAUCGCCGGAACGUGCCCCCGGCAGAAGCCAAAAUGGACAACAAGCAACCCGUAGACCAGACACCCGCGACGAAAGACCUCGUGCACGCACUGAGAAGAGGAUAGUUCAGCUUCGGUCGGCGCAAAAGGUUUACGAGAAGAGGACUACCCAAGCACUGAAGAGAGGUCGCCUGGAGAGAAGUAACAAGCUGAGGGAAGUGUUGAGCGUAAAAGGCAAGCGGCCGCGCCGCCAAGACCGCUUGCGUAUCCAAAACAGUGGCGCGAACAACAACCGGAAAUGCUAGUCAUUUGAUCUCAGGCCAAGGUGUACUCAUAUACUUUCUUCCUAAAACGCGAAUAGGCAUAUAACAGAAAAAUCUAUGUCGCAUUGAAAUAACGAUUAAAAGCAAUUAUUUAAUAAGAAGAAAGAGAGGAAACCAAUGAGAAAUGGAAAAAACAAUGAGAAGACAUAAGAACAGAGAAAUUCGUUUCUAAAACCCCUAUUUAUCUAUUGUUCGGUGGAAGCCAUAAAACACUAAAGUCGCAUAAAACAACUAACAAACAGAAGCUAAUCGAAAUACAAAGAAAGAAAAGGUAGUAGUAAAAAUCUCGUGGAAAAACAAAAGAAAGAAAGAAUAAUAGCGAAGAAGAUUAGGCAAAAGUGUGGUUAUCCUCUCUUAACAAGUUUUAUGUUAGCUAAGCCGCUCCUCCGCGUACAAAAACACUGAAACAAUUUCCUAUGCAAGAAGGGUUCGUAUCAAGAAGAAAAACUAAUACCACUUAGCAAAAAAAAAAAAAAGAAAAAAAGGACAAAAAUAUUCGAUACGAACUUGAUAUCUUGCUGAUGGAAAAGGAAGAAAAGCGAAGAAAAAAAUAAAAGGGAAGAAAGUAUGAGAAACGUUAUUGGUUCGCGGUGAGAGUCUCAUCUAUAGAAUAUCUCGUGUAUAAUGGCGCGUGUAUGGUACUCAGUUGGAUCGUGUGUAUAAUUUUUAGCCUCUAGUAUGGGCAAAUGUGUUUUUACUCGUACGUUUAACUCGUUAGUUUUUAUUUAAGUCGAUCAAUCAUUUAUGCGCCUGUGUAGCGUAACAGGAGUAUAACUUUUAGUGUAAUAACCGAAACCUGAUCUUAUUUUCCCCGAAAAUCCCAUGGACGUCGCUAUCCUGCUUCUAUAAACUGAUUCACGAUGGUGCGACUUUCAAAUGGCCAGAACCUCACUUCGGGACCAUACCUUUUAGGUUCACGUUACGAUUAAUUUCUGCUGGAUUUUAUCAACUCUAAAUGGUUGAUUAUAAUUACAAACGUGGUAUAAUUUAUGCGUUACCUUUCAAAGCGGCUCCGAAGAUAGCUGAUAGUCGUAGAACGUCCAUUUGAUAGAUGUCGCUGUUCUUCGUGGUGUCUUAUCUUUUUGAAAACAUAAGUGUCACGAUUAGACUGCGGAUUUUUCUGCAUUUGUAUGCAAUUUAAAUGUGCAAAACUGAACGGAAUGCACGUAUACAACAAUAUCUAGAAUAUCCAAGAUAAAGUACUGAAAUUUCUAUUCAAAUUCUAUCAUUUCACUUAUACAACACCCAAAACAAGAACACAAAAUUGCCUAAAUGUCCACAGUCUACUUGCAACACGUUUUCCUCUAAGCAAUAAAACGCUGUCAAACAAGAGACUGUAGCAAAUGUUUAUCGAUGGACGUUCGUCAAUAAACGUAUUUAUUUAGCGGCACACAUGGUAUGGUACUAUCAACUGAAUAUCGAUUAAACUAAGCGUACCGUUUAGAUAAAGUGAAAACGAGGAUGACACACGCGUCUUGAAGAGAGAAAAUGGAAGAAAGCCUUGGCUCCUCUCUCUAAUCGUCUCAACGAAAAUUAUCAAAACUCUUGUCAAUAGUUCUUGGCCUGUCUUACGCAUAGAUAGAAAUCUAAACCUAAAAGUUGACGAGUAAAGAUGAUUCAGUGUCUCGUAAAGGGACAGAAGCAAGGCUUGAAUACAAAAUUCUUUCUCUCAAUCUGGAGAAUCGGUCUCUAUAUAGCUGAUGCGCGUUGUAGCGCAGUUUCAAAGUAUUCGCUUUUCAUGGAAGGAUCGAAGAAUGAAGCAAGUGCAAGCUGCCCUGACCGAACCCAGGGAUCUCGUUGACACUGGAUUGGUCGAGUCUCACUCGUUGAGGAUACUUGUACCUGGGCAACUGGUCGGACAAUUGGCCCUCUUGCAUAAUUGGUUAUUAAUAUAACUAACAAUUGCACUGUCAAUAUUAUUAUAUUUAGUUAAGUGAACAAAAUUUUACUUACUGGUUUCGUUUGUUUAUCAUUGGUAAUGGACUAUAGAUGCUAUAACACCGUGGAACAAAUUUCUGGUUAAACUCAAUUUUUUGUACAGUUUAUAGUAAUUGGAUUGUAAGUGUUAAAGUAUUUAGCGAAUUGAGCCAAUUGUUGCAUUCUAUCUUUUGUAAUUAAUAUGACGUGUAAUUGGAAUUCAUUAGCUUAACAAUACCAAUUUAAUUGUGCAAGAAAGCCCCUAAAAGAAUUGUAAUUGUCAGCUUGAAACUCCUCAAGGUGCUUAGGGCGGACUGUUUUCUAAUUUAAGAAAGGAACACAAGAAACCUAAGUUAGGUUCAGAUAAGACAAAUAAACAGUCUGCUUGCAGAUGUGCUAUGUAAUCUUGAAGAACGAGCCAGAGUUCAAGUACAAGUAUCACGGCCAUAAUAGCGAAACAGCUCGAGGAGAGAGAUUGGUGUCGCCAAAAUUGGACUUUUUAUAAAUUCAGACUCGCGUGUCCAAGUAUCAGUGCGAGAUUGUGCAAUAUCGUCACUAUUAUACAAACUCCCCUCAGAUGAUUUCUUCUAUGAAGAAAACCCGGCGACACCACGUUCAACUCGACAGCAAUCUCGUUUAAAUGAAAUUCAGACUUCUUUGAAGUUUCAAGAAACCACAGAAUGCUAGAGAACAGUCACUGCCUGGGGUGUUUCUUCGAGAGUUGUUUCGUCAAGGCCCUAGAAGCUGGAUAUCGUCCAAAAUAAAAAAAA